GGGGAGCCACGACGUGUGCAAAAGUCCCCAGUGCAGAGCCAGAAGCAGUGGGCAGCUGGGCAAGGGGCACUGAGGGCAGCUGCCUGCCUUCAGUGGAUGUGCUCAUAGGAAAGGGGAAAAUUGAAGAGGGCAUGAGACAGUCCAGGGUCACUAUCUCCAGCUUCUGCACCUGGAUCAUUUCUCCUGUGAGAUAGGGCAGGUGGAUUGCAGGAACACCAUGCCACAGGUGCAUGCUGCAAGUCACACUGGCAGCUGAGAGAGAGCAGAGAGGGACACAAACUCAUUUUUCUGGGAAGCAGCUCUAGAGGCACUCGAGUGCAAGCACUGGAAGUGCUGCAGACGUGCUGUCUCGAGUUAGGUACAAUCUGGGGAUAUGGAAAGCAACUCCCAGGCAGCACUGCUCCCCCUCCUUGCAACACACACACAGCUGUGUGCAGGGAUUGCUGGCAUUUGCUUCUGAUCAAGGAAAGGCUCAGAGUGCCUGGGAAUGUGAGUCCCAAGCAAAGUAGCCAGCUCCUUUGUGUUUGGAUUUACUGACCCAGCACUGAGCUGAUUUGGCUCCUGGGGACUGGAGAAGCACACAGGCAAAUACUCUUCUCUCUCCUGGAGCGAUAGCCAGCCAGUUUCGACAAUGCUCACAGAAAAGUGCUUGGGAUUUUUUUACUCUGGACUAUGCCUCUGGGCAUCCUUCUUCCUGUCUUUCUUUAAAGUCUCUCUGCAGGGUGAAAGCCAGAGGCGCUUGUACAGAGAGCUGCUGAGAAACUACAAUCGUCUUGAGCGACCGGUCAUGAACGACUCCCAGCCCCUUGUAGUUGAGCUUCAGCUUUCUUUGCUGCAGAUAAUCGACGUGGAUGAGAAGAACCAGGUGUUGAUCACAAACGCUUGGCUGCAGAUGUACUGGGUUGAUAUUUACUUGUCUUGGGAUCAGUACGAAUACCCAGGAGUGCAGAACUUACGAUUUCCAGCUGACCAGAUUUGGGUACCAGACAUUCUUCUGUAUAACAGUGCGGAUGAAAGAUUUGAUGCAGCAUUUCACACAAAUGUGCUGGUGAAUUACUCUGGAUCCUGCCAAUAUAUUCCUCCAGGCAUCUUGAAGAGCACCUGCUACAUUGAUGUCCGCUGGUUCCCCUUCGAUGUACAGAAGUGUGAUUUGAAGUUUGGCUCCUGGACUCACAGCGGCUGGUUGAUUGACCUACAGAUGCUUGACGCUGAUAUUUCCAACUACAUCUCAAAUGGAGAGUGGGAUUUAGUGGGUGUCCCAGGAAAAAGGAAUGAGAUGUACUAUGAGUGCUGUAAAGAACCCUACCCAGAUGUGACGUACACCAUCACCAUGCGCCGACGCACCCUCUACUAUGGCUUGAACCUACUGAUUCCCUGUGUCCUCAUAUCUGGCUUGGCUCUGCUUGUUUUCCUCUUGCCAGCUGAUUCAGGAGAGAAGAUUUCUUUAGGUAUCACUGUUCUGCUUUCCCUGACAGUAUUCAUGCUGCUUGUGGCCGAGAUCAUGCCUGCAACUUCUGACUCAGUCCCACUAAUAGCUCAGUAUUUCGCUAGCAUCAUGGUCAUUGUUGGGCUGUCUGUGGUUGUAACGGUGCUGGUUCUGCAGUUUCACCAUCAUGACCCACAAGCCGGAAAGAUGCCCAGAUGGGUCCGUGUCGUUCUGCUGAAUUGGUGUGCUUGGUUUUUACGUAUGAAAAAACCCGGGGAAAACCUAAAGCCCCUCUCUUGCAAAUAUAGCUACCCCAAGCACCAUCCAAGCAUGAAGAGCAUGGAGAUGAAUGUCCUGCCUGGGCAUCAGUCCAGCAAUGGCAACAUGAUCUACAGCUACCAUGCAAUGGAGAAUCCAUGCUGCCCCCAGAACAAUGAUCUGGGUAGCAAGAGUGGAAAGAUCUCUUGCCCCUUGCCAGAAGAUAAUGAGCUUGUUCAAAAGAAAGCUUUAAUGGAUACUAUCCCAGUGAUUGUGAAGAUCCUGGAGGAAGUUCAGUUCAUAGCAACGCGCUUCAGGAAGCAAGACGAGGGUGAAGAGAUCUGCAGUGAGUGGAAGUUUGCAGCUGCAGUUAUAGACAGAUUAUGCCUGGUUGCAUUUACCCUUUUUGCCAUCAUUUGCACAUUUACAAUACUCAUGUCUGCUCCAAACUUCAUAGAAGCUGUUUCAAAGGAUUUUACAUAAGGAUUUCAAAGAUAAACACAAAGAGCAGAAAGGUAACUUAAAAGUGUAUAUUACCAGUAAUUCUGCUAAGUAAUUUAACUGAAAAGAGAGAAAUGUACUUUUAUGUGCUAACAUACACUGAUGGGGAUAAAAUUAAUUUUAGGAGAUAAUUAUUACUGAUGUUAGUAAUUGUAGUUACUGAAUAGUAUACAUAUUGAGCUCUGUUACUUAUUUCCUAGACUAAUUCCACACGUAAUUAUGUCAUCAUCUGUUACAAAUAAUAGACAAGAAUUCAAGUGCACAAUACAUUUAUUACAAGUUAACAGUAGUGUCAACAUGUUACUAUGUAUUCGUGAACUUUUAAAUAUUGUUAGUAAGUUAAAUGAUACAUUCAUGACUGUAAAAUUUGCAGCAUUUUAAUGUUUUCAAUAUCUUUAUGUUUUAUCGUUUUUGUUUAGUGUGGUUGUGAAAUUUACUCCUCACAUUUGACAGACAUCUCUCUGCACUUUUACGAUCCUGCAUAUUGCAUAUAAGAAAAUAAACUAUCAUCUUGUUAGCUCUUA